ACGACAAGGCUCUGGCUGCAGUGCAUUGCAGUGCCAGGCAGGAUAACACCACUAAGGUAGAAUAACCGAUAGGACCGAGGAAGAAAGGAAAGGGACGGUGCCACUUGGAUUCAAAGACAUCGAACAUCUCCUUAAUUUUUUUAAUUCAGAAUGGGGAAUAGAGACGACGAGUAUGAUUACUUAUUUAAAGUGGUGUUGAUCGGAGACUCUGGUGUGGGGAAGAGUAACCUAUUGUCUCGGUUCACCCGGAAUGAGUUUAACCUGGAGAGUAAGAGCACCAUCGGCGUGGAGUUUGCCACCCGCAGUAUCCAGGUGGACGGCAAGACGGUGAAGGCCCAGAUCUGGGACACGGCUGGUCAGGAGAGAUACCGGGCUAUAACGUCAGCGUAUUACCGUGGCGCGGUGGGGGCCUUGUUGGUCUAUGACAUCGCCAAGCACCUGACCUAUGAAAACGUGGAGCGUUGGCUGAAGGAGCUGAGAGACCAUGCAGACAGCAACAUCGUCAUCAUGCUGGUCGGCAACAAGAGUGACCUGCGCCACCUCAGGGCUGUGCCCACCGACGAGGCAAGGACAUUCGCAGAGAAGAACGGCUUGUCUUUCCUGGAGACUUCAGCCCUGGACUCUACUAACGUGGAGACAUCCUUCCAGACCAUUCUGACAGAAAUCUAUCGCAUCGUGUCUCAGAAACAGAUGUCGGACCGACGAGACAAUGACAUGUCGCCUAGCAACAACGUGGUCAACAUCCAGGUGCAGCCGACGGAGAAUAAACCAAAGAUGCAGUGUUGUCAGAGCAUCUGACCCCCGACCCCCGACCCCAAACACCCUUCUAAAAGACUGCUUGGUCCUGUCUGUCUGAGACACAGCUGCAUGGCCAGUCUCUAAACGCCAUGCCUCCAUGUAGAGGCUGAGGCUGUGUCCAGAUUCUCCACCCUUCCUCCCAAAGUCUGCACGUUCACACUCCAUGUCAUGGAUUCAAAAGCAUUGGAUUGUAAUCAUUGGUUGAAGGGAGUUUAUUUCCACCAUUGUUAAAUGUAUGAUGGGAAGUGUGCAAGGGAACACUUUGUGAAAAGGGUGGAUAAUUAGGGUGCAGCAUGUGUCUGAGCCCGUUGGUUCCUUAAGGAUCCCCAGUCAGGACCAUACAGCUGUCUGAGCCCGUUGGUUCCUUAAGGAUCCCCAGUCAGAACCAUACAGCUGUGUCUAGGCCCGUUGGUUCCUUAAGGAUCCCCAGUCAGAACCAUACAGCUGUGUCUAGGCCCGUUGGUUCCUUAAGGAUCCCCAGUCAGAACCAUACAGCUGUCUGAGCCCGUUGGUUCCUUAAGGAUCCCCAGUCAGAACCAUACAGCUGUGUCUAGGCCCGUUGGUUCCUUAAGGAUCCCCAGUCAGAACCAUACAGCUGUGUCUGAGCCCGUUGGUUCCUUAAGGAUCCCCAGUCAGAACCAUACAGCUGUGUCUGAGCCCGUUGGUUCCUUAAGGAUCCCCAGUCAGAACCAUACAGCUGUCUGAGCCCGUUGGUUCCUUAAGGAUCCCCAGUCAGAACCAUACAGCUGUGUCUGAGCCCGUUGGUUCCUUAAGGAUCCCCAGUCAGAACCAUACAGCUGUGUCUAGGCCCGUUGGUUCCUUAAGGAUCCCCAGUCAGAACCAUACAGCUGUGUCUGAGCCCGUUGGUUCCUUAAGGAUCCCCAGUCAGAACCAUACAGCUGUGUCUGAGCCCGUUGGUUCCUUAAGGAUCCCCAGUCAGAACCAUACAGCUGUGUCUGAGCCCGUUGGUUCCUUAAGGAUCCCCAGUCAGAACCAUACAGCUGUGUCUGAGCCCGUUGGUUCCUUAAGGAUCCCCAGUCAGAACCAUACAGCUGUCUGAGCCCGUUGGUUCCUUAAGGAUCCCCAGUCAGAACCAUACAGCUGUGUCUGAGCCCGUUGGUUCCUUAAGGAUCCCCAGUCAGAACCAUACAGCUGUGUCUG